GGUACAUUUACUGUUACCCCCUCGAUAGUAGGUUGUCUCGUCCAUCAAUGCAAUAGAAAGAUGGCGCGACCACUCGAAAAUAUCCGAUGCACGAGUUGAAGAAUUGUUGAACUUUUAGCAACAGUACCGGCCUGAUGAUCGGACGGGAAGUACCAGCUAGCUUCAUGUUUGAUUAGAGCCCUUCUGAUGUAACGCUUUGUGCACUUGUUGCAAUGGACGAACUGCUGGCGGCGGUAGAAGAAUGCACGGGGCGGAAAAUUUCUGAUGUGGAAAAAGAUUGGUUGAGAGAUCUUUACCAUCAUGUGGAGAAGAAUGUGAGCUCUUCUGGUGACAUCAGCAGCUCAGAAGUCACUUUAGCUGUUGUGGACCAAGUCUUAAGUACAACUCCAGGAAAGGAACUGCCUUUGUCUUUUAGUUUCAUCUCAGUUGAACAACUGGUACAAAGUCAACAUCAAGCUUGCUGUAGUCACCUGUCAACAGUCAAUCAAAGAGAGGGUACCAACAUCAGUACCAUAGACACUCCUGUCAGACCUCUUGAUCACAUCCGUGCCUUACUCCUGGGGAGGCUGACCUCUGGACCAAACAGUCUCAGUGUGGGGAGAAACAACAGAGCAGGACAACUUUAUGUUGAAGACAACACUGGUGUUGUACUGUGUGAGACAUUGACAUUCAAAGCCAACAUAUUUGAAGAGCUGGUUUUUCUUCCCUCAUGGAGCUACAUUCCCCUUUCUUCCCACAAACAAGGGAACAAGGGAUACUUGGAAUUAACAGCGCCACCUUGUCGACUUAUUAAAACUUGUAAAGUGAAGGAACAAGACUCAGUAGUUCUAGUUCCAGUGGCAGCAACCAUUCUUAAGAACAGGAAAGGAAAGGCGACCAAGGUGAUCAGUAUACAAGGCCGAGUGUCCGAACUCAGCACCAUUCUUAGGGUAAAAGAAGUUGUCUUCUUCAUGUUCAAAUUAAGUUGCCCAGCAGAGCAGCAACACAUCCCUGUUAUCAUCAAGGGACCUAAGCUGAUCCACCUUUACCACCUGCUGGAGCCAAGGAGAGAUUACAUUAUCACAGGCCUCAAACCUACCACACUGUUCAAGGGCAGUGCAGAUAGCAGAAAUGUAUACUGUUCCACAGCAGGGACCCAGGUUCUGCCACAGUCUACUGAACCCCAGACCGUAGCAUGUCUGCUGUCAGUUUUGUCUGCAAGUGCAGUUCCAGUUGGAUCAGAUGGUGGCACUUCAGAGACACAUACCUGUUCUCAUGGUGGUGGAGUUAGGCAGAAAUUCUGCUCUUACCAGGGUACAAUCACUGCUUGUGUCAACAGUGAUGUCGGCAUCUACCAGCUUGAUGGAAAAGUCAGGCUGCAUCUGGGUUAUCAGCUACAUGUGAGUGAAGGCAGAGGUCUGAGGGUUGGAGCGUGUGUGGCCGUGUACAAUGCUCAUCUGGUGAAGGAACACACACAGGGUGAUGCUGUGUGCUUGAGUUGUUGUACAGCCAGCUGUGUGGUCAUCCAGUCCUUUUCUACACUUAAUUCACCAUAUAAGCCGCCAUCCAGUCAUUCUGCUGCGCUCAAACACCUCAUCUACCACCUCAACCCAAACUUGUACGAGCUGUGCUCCCUGCUCACUGCUGUCCGUCAACUGAGACUGAAGUUCAGCUCUCCCAUCAUCAGUGGAGUGGUGACCAGUCUGUUCCAGCAGCCCUCUCCUGUUACGGGUAGACUUGUACUUCCACAGCGGCAACGCAACAUCUACACCGAGUUUCUGGCUGAGCAACACUGCUGUGCACCGCUGGCUGGGCUGUCCUCUGUGACAAAGUUGCCAUCAUUCCAAGUACCUACUGUGCAUGAGCUGCUACAACUUGCACAACAACAAGCUGAGAUGGAGCAGAAUUGGGCAAGACACAGCAGUUUCACAUCUUCAGAUCCCAGCAAUGCCCUCUGCUGGACAUACAUGGUGUUGCAGCCAGAACAUUUUAAUCCUCCUUUGUUACUCGUCAGCCAGUUGACCUGUAGCAGACACUCAGGAGAACUACAGCUAGAAGACAAUACAGGAAGAGUGGCCUGUGUUAUCAGUCAAUCUACAGAGGCCCCCUCCUACCCACACCUGUGUACAAACGCAUGUCAAUCAUCUGGCAAGCCUCUUGUCCUUGUCAACUCUUGUCCUUUUGUCCACCCAUGGAAUCUUAACUGGCUGAUCAGAGUGGACAGAUACCAGCUAGUUGUUGAGAGAUUCAUGCAUGCAAAGAAUGAAAACUUGGCAAGUGACCAAUCUGACCACAAGGAUUUCAUGACUGGUUGUUACAUCAGGAUCAGUGUGCAGUUCUCUAUGUGUGAUGUGGUAAAUUUGUACAAGGUGAAGAGAGCAGGGAGACUGAAACAUGGGCCAGGAGUGAAGAUGUUGGAUCAAGUUAGUGGUAACACAGCUGGGGACCUGCCAACAAAGAAAUGUGAAAUAGACAACCCAAACAGUCACAGAAAAAGAAAAGGGCUUGAGGUAUCCAAGAGUUGUAAGGUGGCAUGUGAAGAUCCUACAGAUCAGUCUGCUAGAAUUUAUACAGCCAAAGACCAGUCUGCUUCUCACAGAGAGGAUGUCUGUUCAGCACCAAGGACAGACCCUAUUAGUUCAAAACAUCAAUUUCCAUUAUGCCAGCCAUCCUCUAGUAGUGACAAUAAACGUGAUGAUCAAGCGGCACCUCAGGGUCUGGAGCUUCAAAACCAACAGUAUGUUUGUCAGAACUUCUUCCUGGUGCACAAAGACUACCCAGUAGUACAGCAGUCUGCAGACAGGAAAGUAACACAGGGGUUCUACAGCUCUGGGCUGUUCCUCGGAAAUGCUGUGGUUGGAGAAAACAGUCUGAGACAACAGCAUGACGUAAAUGCCGGUGAAGGAAGAAACAUGAUGGAAGCAAUUAAAGAGGUGGCUGUACUGUUCACAGGGGAUGCUGUGCAGUGGUAUACGGUGAUGCACGAAGGCUGUCUGUACCGUUUGGUCUGCCCAGACAGCACCGACACUGCUGUCUUUGCCACCAAGGUGAGCUCUGCAGCUUUGAACAGGGCUGUUGAUGCCACAAACUGCAGAACUUGUGUUGUCCUACCAACAGGCGUGUUUGUGGAAGUACUGAGUGAACACAGGAAGGACCUGUGUGCCUCAAGGUUGGAUCCAGUGUUAAGUGUUGAGGACUUGUGCAAAACAAAGUCCAGUCUGCAUUCUAGAUUGAUAUCGUUGUCCUGUUCCUUAGUGUCUUGCAAGUAUGAUGUAAAACAUCCAAAUGAUGGAAGCAGUAAGCCUUUGUCAAGGACGCACAAGCUAGCAAUAUCCUCCAUGGUCAUACAGGAUCUCAACUCCCCAUUCUACACAAUGACAAUCUAUGCAAACUUUCUGGCAGUUCCCUAUGCCCUUGGGCUUUUGCCUGGAGCUGUUCUGACACUUAGAAGACUUGAGGUUCGGCUUUCCAAGAAGAACAAGAUGUACUGUUACUUCAACAGCUCGUCCAGUGUCAGAGUAGAAGCACUGUCACAUAGGGACAUGAAGGAGAGCAUUACAACUGGGCCUUCAGCACCAACAUCUUUGGACAACUUGCAAAAUAUACCAAAGGUGUUUCUUGGACAGCUGAUCAAUAGUGAGGCAAGGCAGCAGGUCAUGGUCAAGGUUAUCUGCCAGGUUGUGUGCAUAAGGUACCUGUACAUGCAGUACACCUGCAGCAGUUGUGGGCAGAUUUUCUCCAACGGACAGUGUCAGAACAGGCCAUGUACCAGCAGCAGCUCUGACCCAGGACACUUCACAGCAAAGGCCAGGUAG